UUUGGAUAGGCCAACGGGCUGCAGCAACGAUGAGGCACAUGCCCCGGCUCAUUGCCACAACUCCGAUGGAAGGGCAACAAUAGCCACUGUAAUUGCACCGUUCAAUUUGGAAGGAUACAUCCGGCAGCGACACAAAGACAUCGGCCAGUAUGUCGCAUUUGCUGAGGCGCACCAAGAAGUCCUGUCUGAAGUUUCUGCGCAAGAUCUCGACUUCAAAGCAACUAUUUGUGCAGCGGCUGGACGAGGAGGAUGUGGACGAGGAGGAGGUGGAGGUGGACUUGCAGCGGGAUCUGGAGCUGGAUAUGAACAGCAAUUGCCAAGUAACGGAGGCCAUCUACGAGGAGUUGCAGCUCAGUGAAUGCAAUCCGACGUUGGAUUCGGCCAAAGAAAUGCAAGAACUGCAGCCGGAAGCUAAGCACGAUCUAAGGACGAAGUACAUGAUGAGCUAUGGAAGCUAUGAGGUUCUGGCCACCAUGCCAAUAAGCGUUGAAUUCGAGCGGGUAAACUACAAGGAAAACGUGCGCUAUCUCCGGCACACGCCCUCUAAUUCCAGCCUGGAUCUGCAGCUGGAAGAGCAGAAGGUGGAGCAAUUGGAGCAGCAACAACAGCAGCAGCAAAUCCAACUGCCUGUUCCACAGCAGGCAACUCCAAGGAAACAACAAGUGCAGCACCAGCAGCAAAGGAUUCCAGUGGCCAAUCGGUAUCAUCCCUGCAGCAUCAGUCUGGGCUCCAAGUUUGAGGGCAACUACCAUAGUGUGGUGAUCAUGGAACCACCCCAUGAUGACUUUCCCAUUGUCAAGUGGGACAUUAAUGGCAACUCCCUGGACGAUGACACCUGCGAUCGCUGGGAGGAUUUCGAUACCAGGUGGCGGCAGGCAGCGGCGGUCACCAGAUCUCUUUCGCAAUCCCAGAAGUCCAGCCAUCAGUCUAGCUCCUGUACCCUUGAGACCUGGGUGGACGACACGGAACCCCUGAGUCUGGAGCUGCACAGGCAUGAUACUGCUGCAGCCGGAAAUAAUUGUAAUCUUUGCCUUAGGAGCUUCUGAAUCCGGAAACGGAAACUCAGCGGCUUUGUAACCCCACUUUGCGUCCAGCGAUUGAGCACGAAAACCAGUCUUGUGAGAAUUACCUAUAUACGAGUAUAUAUAUAUAAAUAUGUAAUCGAGUAUUUGAGUCGGUAGACCGCAAUUUUCAUUAUAGAAAAUUGUUUUCGAGAAUAUCCAUUAACAAUAAAGUGUGUAUAUGUGUGUGUGCGGCGCUCCUUUGGCUCCAUACCUUGAGUAAUGCACUUCAGAA